GAGGAGUUAAAAGCUGGUGAAGAAGUAGCAACAUGCCCAACCUGUUCUUUGAUAGUCAAGGUCAUUUACGAUAGAGAUAAAUUUCUUGAGGAAGAAGAGGAAGAAUCAAAGAGUUCAACCAAGGAAACAAAAAUAAAAGCAACUUAAAAUGGCAUCAAGAGGACGAGGAGGGGCGGGAGCUGGGAGGGGUAGAGGAAGAGCGUCUCUAUCAUUCAACGUAGAACAGCUAGGUUUGGCUCCGGGUGAGAUGCUCCCUGGACCUGUCUUACAACCCCCUCCACUUUACCCUCCGCUGGAGUUCAGACCUGCCCCUCUCCUGCAAAACCCUUCGUACGAUUCACAGCUGCAGCGGAAGAACGCAUUGUUAGAACAUCUAAACAAAUCCAGUGCUUUCGUCAGGUUGAGACAGUCUUCUGUCGAGAUUGGCCAAUUUGCUGACGCCGAACAAUCUAAAGUUACCGAUAAGCCUUUCCAGAUGGAUUGGUCGUGUGUUCCACCUGAGCUAAAACCUACUUUUACCAAAAGGAAGAGGAAAAGUGGCAGCGGAAGUGUUCUGCAAAACAAAGUGGCGAGGAAAAACAUUGGGAAUUUAACAUCAUGGUUGGAGGAGCUUGAGAAGAAAGAGACUGCAGAAGAAACUAAAGAAACUGAGGAGGAAGAUGGAGAUAAGAAAAAAGAUGAAGAUGAACAAGAAGCAGGAGAGGCUGAAGAUGUUGAAGAAGACGAAGUUGAUGAAGAAAUGGACGAUGGAACGGACUACAACCAAAACUACUUUGAUUCCGGAGAAGGUUAUCUUGAUGAUGAAGAUGACAACCUUGAUGAUGGUCCCGUCUAUUAACAAAGUUGAUUUUUGUUAUUAACUGUGAGUGUAAAUAAAGUUUUUUUUUUCAUUUUCAA